AUGAACCGGCUGGGGCUUUUGGGACUGCUCUGCGCGGCGCUGCUGGGCUUUUGGGAACCUGGUGGUGCCUUAACAUGCUUUGAUAAGCAAUAUAUAUACAAGGACAGAUGCUGCAACCGGUGUCGGCCAGGGGAAAAGCUGGUCUCUGAGUGCAAUAAAACAGAAGACUCCAUCUGUGCCCCCUGCGAGAGCGAGCACUAUCAGCCAAGCUGGACCAAGGAGAAGCACUGUGCUCCUCAUGAUAUCUGUGAACGCAAUGCUGGCCUUGUUGUGAAGAUGCAUGGAAAUGCAACACACAACACAGUGUGCCAGUGCCGGGCUGGCACGCACUGCUCUGACACCACCUGCCAGACCUGCGUGGAGAACCAGCCUUGCCAGCUUGGCUCUGGCUUCGUGGCAGCCAAGGCCAUGGACCGGAUGUCAUCCCCCUGUGAACCCUGUGCAGAAGGCACCUUCUCCAAUGUCUCUUCUAAAACCGAGCCGUGCCACCCCUGGACAAGUUGUGAGGAAAAAGGGCUGUUGGUGAAGGUGAAAGGGACAAACUCCUCGGAUGUGAUCUGCGAGUCGAGCAGGCGCUCCUCGCUGUCAGUGCUGAUCCCCAUCACGGCUGCAGUUGUCACAUGCCUCGUGGGUGUCUGCAUCUACUGCCUGGUGCACACAGAUUUCAGACGACGAGUGCCAAAGGGGAUAGAGGCUGGGGAGCCCGGAGAGAACCCAGAUACCCAGCAGCCCAUGGAGCAGGAUGAGAAUGUCUUGCCUGUGCAGGAGACCCUACUCAGGGGCCAGCCUGUGGCCCAGGAGGAUGGCAAGGAGAGCCGCAUCUCGGAGCAGGAGAUGCUGUGAAGGCGCAGGGCACUGCCUCCGACAGGAGCACGGACUGGACAGCACCAUCUCCUCUGUCCCCUCUCCAGCUGGGGAGGAAAUCUGGCAUCUGACCUGGCUGCAAAUGAUGUGAUGCUGCAAAGGACCAUGGCACGACUACCCCACGGGAAUACCACUACAACUCCUGGUCUAGUCACCUGCACAGGGCUGCCCUGGUGGAGCAAGGCUUGGCUGCCCACAUGGGGACAUGGA